UAAUUACUUGGUUUUGUAUACAGAAUACCCCUUCUCGGCUGCAAUUGAUAUGCCCGAUAUUCAAGCAGUUUCACAUAUACAAGAAAUAGCUGUGCGGGAUCUAAUAAUACGUACAAUUGGUGAGGAUAUUUCGAAAAGUUUCACAGUUAAUAUCGAUAAAACAAUGGCCUCUCGAAGUUUUGAGAUUACAAAACCUUCGCCUUCCAUAAUUAGGAUAGUUGGGUCGGACGGUGUUUCAGUGGCGAAAGGUUUUCAUCAUUACCUCAAGUAUUAUUUACAAAAAUAUGUAGAUUGGACCCACACCCAUGUUGAGUUGUCGCUACCUCUGCAGCUGCCCAAUGUAACAAUCUUCUCCAAAUCUGCAAGUGAUUUUAUUUAUUACCAAAACGUUUGCACCUGGAGCUACAGUUUUGCGUGGUGGACUUUUUCUAAUUGGCGGCGACACAUAGACUGGAUGGCAAUGAUGGGUGUGACUUUGACUAUAGCACCCAUUCAGGAGCAAAUAUGGUACGAAAUCUAUGUUAAAAUGGGUCUCACAAAAGAUGAAAUAGACGAACAUUUUGGAGGUGCAGCUUUUCAAGCGUGGCAGCGCAUGGGAAAUAUUCGUGGUUGGGGAGGACCGAUAUCACCAUCAUAUCGACGCAUGCAAAAGCUACUGCAGAAACGCAUUCUAAAAGCAGAACGUGACCUUGGUAUGCGAGUGGCAUUGCCUGCUUUCGCCGGACAUGUGCCAGUUGCCAUGAAAAACUUAUUUCCCAACACAACAUUUACGGCCGUGGAACGUUGGAAUCGUUUUCCCGAUAAAUAUUGUUGCGCUCUCUUUCUCGAUCCACACGAGCCGCUUUUUCGCGAAAUCGCUACAGAAUUUCUCAAUCUGACCAUUAAAACUUACGGCAGUGACAAUAUUUACUUCUGUGAUCCGUUCAAUGAAAAUAAACCAAGGCUAGCGAGUUCUGAAUAUAUGAACGCUACUGCCUUCCAUAUUCACGAGUCAAUGCGUUUAGUAGAUGAGAGUGCCGUCUGGCUGCUGCAAGGAUGGAUGUUCGUUAAGAACAUCUUCUGGACCGAUGAAUUGAUCAAAGCGUUUCUGUUGGCAGUUCCACGUGGCAAAUUGUUAGUAUUAGACCUUCAAAGUGAGCAGUUUCCACAAUACGAACGCACAUAUUCGUUUCACGGCCAACCAUUUAUUUGGUGUAUGCUUCACAACUUUGGGGGGACUCUCGGAAUGCAUGGAUCUGUGGAUAUUGUGAAUACGAGAGUUCGUUUAGCUCGAAACAUGGCAAAUAGCUCCAUGAUUGGUGUCGGAAUCACGCCGGAGGGCAUUAAUCAAAACUACGCUAUGUACUCGCUGGCCUUGGAACGCGGUUGGUUGCAAGAGGACAUCGAUUUGGAUUUGUGGUUUGAAAGUUUUGCUGAUGUGCGUUAUGGUGUACUCGACCCCCGAUUACAUAACGUUUGGCAGCUACUUCGCCAUUCCGUAUAUUCUUAUAGAGGAUUAUUGAAAAUUCGGGGUAAGUAUUCUAUAGCCCGAAGGCCGUCGACAAAUCUCAAUCCAUGGAUGUGGUAUAACACUUCAAGUGUUCAUAAAGCACUGGACCAGCUGCUUACGGUGAGAGCGAAUGCUAACAUUCCUCAAUAUAAUAUGCCGUUCUUCUCACAUGAUCUAGUAGAUUUAACACGGCAAUUUUUGCAAAUAACCUUCGAUCACUUGUACGUGAACUUAAUGUCCUCUUACAGGAAUAAGCAAAUUGAUAGAUUCAAUCAUGUAGCUGAUAAAUUGUUGGAAGUCUUGAACGAUCACGAAACUAUAUUGGCCACCAAUAUGGAUUUUUCACUUGGUCGAUGGCUAGAAGCUGCUAAAAAUUUGGGGCGUAAACCAGUGGAAAAACAGCUUUAUGAAAUGAACGCACGUAACCAGAUCACUGGCUGGGGUCCUAAUGGCCAAAUUCUUGACUAUGCAACUAAACAGUGGUCUGGCGUUGUUAGAGAUUAUUAUCUUCCGCGAUGGACUUUAUUCUUAGAGAUGCUACGGAAAAGCUUGAAACAAAGUGAAAAGUUCAAUGAGGAUGCUUUCAAACGGGUCGUUAGUCAGGAAAUCGAAAAUCCAUUCAGUAUCAGCUUUAAAGAAUAUCCUUCGCAGCCGGUUGGCGAUACUUUUACUGUCGCGCAGCAAAUUUUCCGCAAGUGGACUAUAUAUAUCAACGACUUAACUUUCCUCACUCAUUGUAGUAAUCCCGUAAGGAUUAUUUAGUCAAAUAAUUUUGUACGAAUAGAAAAUAAAACGACGAUGCUAACCAAUGUGUUCUCAAAAAAAUACGAUAUAGUUAGAUACUAACCCUUCCGUCCUGAAUAUAACCUUAUAAAUAAA